UGGCUGUUCUGGCUGAACGACCCGAGCUGGUGGAGAAAGUGAUGGUGACUCGCUCGCUGUGUGCAGAAGGAGCCUAUCAGGUGCGUCUAUGCAAAGACGGCUCGUGGACCACAGUGCUGGUGGACGACAUGCUGCCGUGUGACGAGACGGCCACCUCCUCUUCUCUCAGGCCCAGCGGAAGCAGCUUUGGGUGGCUCUGAUUGAAAAAGCUCUUGCCAAGCUCCACGGUUCCUACUUCUCUCUGCAGGCAGGCCGUGCUAUCGAGGGCCUGUCCACGCUGACCGGGGCCCCCUGCGAGUCGCUGGCUCUCCAGGUCAGUGCCACCAACCCCAAGGAGGAGCCCAUCGACACUGACCUCAUCUGGGCCAAAAUGCUGAGCUCCAAAGAAGCAGGUUUCCUGAUGGGGGCAUCCUGUGGAGGUGGUAACAUGAAGGUGGAUGACAGUGAGUACGAGUCCCUGGGUUUACGGCCACGACACGCUUACUCUGUCCUCGAUGUGAGAGAUGUAGACGGUCACAGAUUACUGCAGCUGAGGAACCCGUGGGGUCGUUUCUCCUGGACUGGGUCCUGGGCGGACGACUGGCCAAACUGGCCUGCGCACCUGAAGAGGGAGCUCUGCGCCCAGAGAGCCGAGGACGGCCUCUUCUGGAUGGACUUCUGGGAUUUCAUCAGGUACUUUGACUCAGUGGAUAUCUGUAAGAUUCAUUCAGACUGGCAGGAGGUUCGAGUAGCUGGUGUUUUCCCACGAGGAGCCGACGUCCCGGUGUCGGUGGUGUCCAUCACGGUGCUGGAGAGGACGGCUGUGGAGCUGGCUUUAUUCCAGCAGGGCAGCAGGCGAUGGGACACAGCGGAGAGCCACCUGUUGGAUUUGUGUGUGCUGGUGUUUCGGGUGUCCUACGACAGCUCAGGUACCCUGGCGCUGGGUCGCCUGCUGGCUCACAGCCGGCGCUCGGUGAGGAGGUUUGUGGGCUGCGACGUCAUGCUGGAGCCGGGCGAAUACGCUGUGCUCUGCUGCGCCUUCAACCACUGGCACAGCAGCGGCACAGAGGGGACAACGGGCUGCGGCAGAUCAGAGGUGCCGGGUUACAUGCUGGCAGUCUACAGCUCCAGACUGGUGAUGGUGGAGCAGGUAACGGCCUCCAACACCACCAUCGCUGACGCCAUCAUCCAACUGGCAGAAACUAAAGGAGAGAGACACGAGGGUCGAGAGGGGAUGACGUGUUACUACCUGACCCACGGCUGGGCGGGGCUUAUCGUCAUGGUGGAAAACAGACACCCGAGGCAUCACCUGCAUGUGUCGUGUGACUGCAGCGACAGCUUCAACGUGGUGUCGACGCGCAGCAGCCUCAAAGCCAUCGACAGCAUCCCUCCUCUGCACAGACAGGUGCUUGUGGUUUUGUCUCAGCUGGAGGGAAACGCCGGAUUCUCCAUCACACACAGGCUGGCUCACCGUAAGGCCGUCCAGGCUUCUCUGGGAAACUGGAGUCCCUCUAAGACGACACACAGUCCGGCUCUGAGCCCAGAGACAGCAGGUCUGCAUCAGCCUCGACCCCUCUGACCGUACAGGAACUGGGAGGAAUCAGAUUAAAGAUCUGUUUCAUACACGAGACACCAGAUCUCAUCACGGAGGCAGCUUCUGUAAAGAACAGCCCAGCACUUUAGAGAGGUUUCCCCCUGUCUGUUGCUUUGGUGGAAAAAGGAAUAUUUCCCAUAAAUGUUGGACUAUUUUGUAAAGAGUUUUUAAGAGUCAGAGCUCCUCGGAGACAGAAAUAAUCUCACUGAUUGAUUCAAACCUCAGAAGGCAAAACCAAACAGCUGUGCAGCUUUUUAUACGUCAGGUUACACAGUGGACUGAAGACAGUACAGGUGGAACUCUGAUCCACUCUCAGCACCUUUCAUAGGGACUAUUUCUUUGGUUUGAAAGUAGUCACUAUGAAAACUGUUCAUCUUGUAUUCUGUGAAUUAUCCAGGGGCU